AUGGUAGGAAAAGUUAGCGAGAGGGUUCUCCUCCGGGAGGGCCUCGAGAGAACCGACAACGGUAUGAAGCAGACAAGCUGGCCGGAUGUCACGCCAAUCAAUCAAAAGAACUACUACACAGACUACAUGAAGCGCGAUGACCAGAUUCUCGCUUUACGACUCCAAGGCGACGCCACCCGCGACAGAAUUGUUCAAGCUGCCAAGGACAGAGAUCGUGCUCUUGCCCAAAGUGGCCGCGCCGAAGUCCCCCUCGUCAUCCCCGAACUUCAACCCGACGAAGCACCCGCCGACGCAGCCGCGGGCCUUGACCCUUCGAAGGUCAUUGUCAUUCAUCCUGGCAGCCAGAACCUUCGGAUUGGCUUCGCCAGCGAUGCACUUCCCAAGUCGAUUCCGAUGACACUUGCCACCAAGUUCCCCCAGACUGAGGCUGAGAUUCAUGAAGCGCUCCCCCGUCGGCAUUUCGAGGCGAAGACGCAAGACCAGCAAUAUGGCGAAGAGUGGUCUAAAAAGUACAACAAGAUGUGCAGCGAUCUCAAACUGGAAAUGCGCGCAAACAAGCGCAAGGUACUGCCCAACUCCAAGGAAUUGGUGCUGAACUACAACCGCCGGACUGAGCCCGAGAUCAUUCAAACACACAACGAUCCCUUGCAAAUCGAUUGGACCGACAUUAACAACCUAGAUGAUCCCAAAUCAUCAGCCUCCUGCUUCAUCGGACAGCAAGCACAACGAGUACCAGAUGACUCCCAACCAAAGUUCAAGCUCUGGUGGCCGAUUCAGCAUGGAGUGCUCAAUGAAGACGAAUAUCUGAACGCUGAACAUCUGUUUGACGACUUCGAGACUCUGCUUGAUAAGGCGAUCAGACAGGAACUUGGUCUCACCAAGAAUAGUACCUGGAGGCAAUACAGCUGCGUCUUCGUCAUUCCUGAUCUUUAUGACAAGAAGUACGUCGAGCAGGUCCUCAGAUCUUGCAUGACAUGGUUUGAGUUCAAUCGGAUAUGUUUUAUCCAAGAGAGCAUGGCUGCUACAUUUGGAGCGGGAUAUACCCAAGCCUGCGUCGUCGACGUCGGAGCACAAAAAACAUCCAUCGCUUGUGUCGAGGAUGGGCUUUGUGUUGAAGACUCUCGCAUCAACCUGAAGUAUGGCGGGUACGACGUGACGGAGACCUUUGUCAAAAUGCUGCUCUAUGACAACUUCCCCUACCAGGACAUCAAUCUUCGGAGACGCCAUGACUUUUUGCUGGCAGAGGAGCUUAAGAUGAAGCAUUGCACGAUGUCGCAGGCGGACAUUUCUGUCCAGCUGUAUCAGUUCCAUCUGCGAGCUCCAAACCAGCCAACGCACAAGUACCAAUUCAAGACUUACGACGAGGUCAUUCUCGCCCCUAUGGGCUUCUACGACCCGUCCAUCUUCGAUAACAGUACCAAGCUGCGAGGACGAAGGAAACUGAUCGAGCGGUCUUACAACGCCUACGAUGCGGACAUCCCUGAUGACCCGACAUCAGCGGCUCAGUUUGGCAUCCUAGCCCUCGUCAAGCCUUCGCUGAACGCUGCGCCUGCCAACGGCUUCACACCGUCACAGAAUGAUGUGUCGACGCCGGUCAAGGAAAAGCCGCAGCCAUUUGACUUCCUUAAGCGAGGCGAGAACGGCAUCAACGGCACUCCGUUAGGGUCUAAUGCCCCAUCUCCAGCACCGGAGGGUGUCAGCACGCCAGUGCCUGCGCCGUUUGUAUUUGGCGGAAGUAAAGACGGCGUCAACGGAGGCAGCCCGGCGCCCCCUGGGAGGAACGGCGGCACACCAGGACCGAACGGGACGAUGCUGGCACAGCCGCCCGUCGGCAUGUUUGUUGAUACCUCUGCACGCAGUGCCAAGGCUAUCGCAAUUGAGCGCGAUGGCGUUCUGCCUACUGCACCUUUGGAUCUUGCCAUCCUUACCAGCAUCUACAACGCCGCCAAGGGAGAUGACAAGAAGCUACGCGAUUACCUGGGCAGUAUCAUGGUGAUCGGUGGCGGGUCAAAGACGCCACAGUUCACUGUCGUGCUUGAAGAGAAGCUCAAGGCUAGGCGGCCUGACCUCUUUGACCGCAUUCUUGUCAGCAGAAGCGCAAGAGACAUGGACGAACAGGUCGUAACAUGGAAGGGCGCCAGCGUCUUUGCCAAACUACCGGCCAAUGAUUCGUGGGUUACGCCAUUCGAGUUCGAGCGACUUGGAGCUCGGGUGCUGCACCAUAAGGUGCUCUGGUCAUGGUAG